AUGGCAGCUGAACCUCCGAUUGUUCUCGAUGGAGGGACCGGUUUCUUAAAAGUCGGAUAUGCAGGCCAGAACUUCCCAGAGCACCAGUUCCCCUCGAUAGUGGGGCGUCCGAUUCUCCGGUCGGAAGAGCAGGCGGGUGACAUCGUGGUCAAGGAUAUUAUGUGUGGUGAUGAGGCUGCUGCUGCGAGGUCGAUGCUGCAGAUUAGUUAUCCAAUGGAGAACGGGAUCGUGCGGAACUGGGACGACAUGCAACACCUGUGGAACUAUACAUUUUACGACAAAAUGAAGAUUGACCCCACCGGCCGCAAGAUCCUGCUCACUGAGCCGCCCAUGAAUCCUCUCAAGAACCGGGAGCAGAUGUGUGAGGUUAUGUUUGAAGGGUAUAACUUUGGCGGAGUUUACGUCGCAAUCCAGGCUGUUCUAGCACUCUACGCCCAAGGUCUAAGCAGCGGCGUCGUAGUCGAUUCCGGCGACGGCGUAACACACAUUGUGCCCGUCUACGAAUCCACGGUUUUGAAUCACUUGACUCGCCGGCUGGACGUUGCCGGUCGCGACGUCACCCGCAACCUCAUCGCUCUCCUCUUACGCCGUGGAUACGCCCUAAACCGAACCGCUGACUUUGAAACCGUACGGCAAAUUAAAGAGAAACUCUGCUACGUUUCCUAUGAUUUAGAGCUUGACCAGCGAUUAUCCGAAGACACCACCGUCCUCGUAGAAUCAUACACGCUCCCUGACGGACGAGUCAUCCGAGUCGGAAGUGAACGCUUCGAGGCCCCAGAGUGCCUGUUCCAGCCCCAUUUGGUUGACGUGGAACAGCCAGGAAUUGCAGAAUUCUUGUUCAACACGAUCCAAGCUGCGGAUGUUGACGUUCGAAGCAGUUUGUACAAGGCUAUUGUGCUAAGCGGCGGGAGCAGCAUGUACCCCGGCCUUCCUUCGCGGCUCGAAAAAGAGCUGAAGCAGCUAUGGUUGACGAGAGUGUUGGGAGGAAAUCCCGAAAGACUAAACAAAUUCAAAGUCCGCAUCGAAGACCCUCCUCGCAGGCGACAUAUGGUCUUCCUCGGCGGCGCUGUGCUCGCCAAUCUUCUCGCAGAUAAAGACAACAUGUGGAUCUCCAAGCAGGAAUGGCAAGAACAAGGCGCUCGUGCUCUAUCAAAACUUGGCCCUAGAUAG